AUGGGGUGUACUCAUAAAGGAGAAACCCAUAAACGUGGUACUCAGUGGAAGACUGAAAACUGUGAAGACUGUUGGUGUCAAAAAGAUGGAACGAUGAGAUGUUGUACAGCAUAUGGUACACCAUUCGGAUAUGACAAAGAGAAUUGUGAGCGUGUGUUUGACAAGGCAAGCUGUUCUUACAAGCUGAUUCCAAUAAAAGACCCUACAGUAGAGUGUAAAGAAACGGGCAUGGUUGGCUAAGCAAAGGCUAUAUCAUUGUUCUUCAAACUUAUCUAUAUCAGCAAUAAAUUUCAAAAUAAGCAAUGGCAAUGUGUCCAUAAAAAAAUAAGCCUAUAACUGCAUUAUCAAAGUUUUCAUGUA